CCACUUGGGCUUACUUCGCCUGUGCGUGCUAAGCAAGUGUUGAUUAAUUCUUAUUAUGGUCCGAACCGUAACCCUAAUAAUAAUUCUAGCAAUGGAUCAACAUCUCACCUGCAACACGUCAAAAGACAUAGCAUGCCAACCAUCAAUUUGGAAAAUAUAAUUGAUCAAUCAUCAAUUCAAAGUUCUACAAUGCAACAACCCUUACUUCAAUCCAAACCAAUAAAUAUCGUUGCUCAACAAAAUGCGAAUUAUAAUUAUGAACAACAGCAACAGGAGUUGUUUAAGCAACAAAAUAACGCUGCGACGAUUAAUAAUUCUCAACAUCGUCAGCACAUUCAACAUCAUCGAUCAAUGCCACUCUUGAACGCGGAUUUGACGAUAACCCCCGAGUCUAAACCCCCGGGUUAUUCUUCGAUUUUUCAAAGAAACCCGAAUUAUUCGACGGCAACAUCAACUUCUCCCCCAUCAUCAGGACAAAAUAUCUCUGGAAGCUAUGGUUCACGAUCUUUUUCAUUGCCGCCUGUGAUCAACAACUUUGCGAAUUUGAAAAAGAGCUCGAAUAGCACAAUCCAAUAUCGUCAACCGUCCUUGUAUUCUGCUUCAACAACGAUCCCGAUACAUUCGCCGGAUGAUCAUUUUAAUAGAACGCCACCUUUGCUUCAUCAACAUAAUAAUGGAUCGCAUAAACUUCAUAACUCGGGAAAUAAUUCUUUGUUUGUGAGUAGCAAUCCGCCAACUCCUGUGGAUCUUCCUAUGGUUCCAACGGUACAUCCAUCCACGUCUCAAUAUCAUUCACUUGUUGGAAACAAUGGAAAUAUUUCAAAUUCCAAUAAUGGUCGAAACUCUAAAUCACUGAUACGUGAGUUAGCCAUUCGUCCAGUGAUUAUUAGCUGA